GGCAUCCCUUGAGCGAAGUCACGCAGAGUGAGGUGCUCUGGCCUGGGGCAUGGCGUCCCCUUUGAGCGCGGGCGGAAGCUGAUAGUGAAGGACGUCUGGACCCCGGAAACCGGGUGAAACUCGCAGACUACAGCUUCGGCCUCCUUGGGGCAGCGCUGACUUCAGGGGCUCAGGAGAGACGCCGCAGGCCAAGAAUUUGCGGCCAGCCUGCUGGGGAUGCGGGCCUGAGUGUGCAAGAGACCAAAUAAACCGCUUGGAUGUGGAAGGAGUCCGGAACCAGACCCCGGCUCACUGCUAGCUAGUGUCUUAUAAGUCUUGGCAAUUAUUCUUGAAGUUCAAGCUAGCCAGCAAUUACUUAAUUUGGGAAAUAACACGAAGAAGAAUGAUACCAAUUUUUAACUUACUAGCAACUGUCUAUUUCAGUUGGGGUGAAAAGGCAGUGCGGACAGAUGACUAUUUAUCCUUCCUGGCGCUAGGUAUGCUGCAGAAGUUGCGGUACCCCUUGGCUCGGACUGCCAGAGGACGACCAUGGAUCCUUCAUUCCUACUGGCCUUUCUUUUGCUCCUGGCCCUGUCAACACCUUGCAGUGCUUGUAAUUGUAAAAUUCAGCACCCUCAGACAUAUUACUGCACAUCAGACGUUGUCAUAGUAGCUGAUAUACUAGGACCAGGAAAGAACACCAGGACAAAACGAGGUUUCAGAGUGAAUGUCAUUAAGGUACUCAAGGCUCCCCGGGGCACCCCAAGAAUCCAUGAGAUCUACACACCCAUCAAUUGGGUGGACUGUGGUUAUGGUUUGAGAACCCGCCAGCAGUCAUUGUUACUUAUUGCAGGCUUUCUGAGGGCAGGGACAGUGUUCUUCACAAGAUGCCAUCUGGUCUAUUUCUGGUACCGGCUCACCAGAGAGCAGAAGCUAGGUUUCGAGGCAGCGUACAGAGCAGGAUGCGAAUGUGAAAUUCAGCCCUGUCUCAUCUGCAAGCGUGACUGUCCUCAGCCUGACUUCAGAGAGUGUGUGUGGAAACAGAAGGACUGUGACUACAAAAUAUGGGAAGGAAACCAUUCCCAGUACUCCAUGUGUGUCCCCUCCAUGACUGGCAAUUGCGAAUGGACCCCUAUCCAGAAGAGCUAUCAAUACCAAACCCCAACUCCAGAGGAUUCUCUACUCACUCAAAAUGACAUAGUAGGGUUUUAGUAUUGUUUCCUCACCUGGCUGAUGUUAACAGAAUGGAGUUCGUUUUCUACACCUCCUUCGAAUUGUACACUUCAGUUUUGUUUACUUUCUGUAAGUAGCGUAUGCAUCAAUAAAAUUAACAAAAAUAAAGCCCAAGUUUAUAA